GACGCUAUUCCGGGUGAAGACGCUAUUCCGGGUGAAGACGCGAUUUUUUGUGAAGACGCGAUUCCCCGUGAAGACGCUAUUCAGGGUGAAGACGCUAUUCGCUGUGAAGACGCUAUUCCGGGUUAAGGCGCUACUCCUUGUGAAGAUGCUUUCCCCGGUGAAGACGCCAUUCCCGGUGAAGACGCCAUUCUUGGUGAAGACGCUAUUCCCAGUGAAGACGCUAUUCCCGAUGAAGACGCUAUUCCGGGUGAAGACGCUAUUCCGGGUGAAGACGCUAUUCGUGGUGAAGACGCUAUUCCCGGUGAAGACGCUAUUCCAGGUGAAGUCGCCAUUCUUGGUGAAGACGCUAUUCUGGGUGAAGACGCUAUUCCCCGUGAAGACGCUAUUCCCGGUGAAGACGCUAUUCGCUGUUAAGACGCUAAUCGCUGUGAAGACGCUAUUCCGGGUGAAGACGCUAUUUCGGGUGAAGACGCUACGCCUUGUGAAGACGCUAUUCCCCGUGAAGACGGUAUUCCCGGUGAAGACGCUACUCCUUGUGAAGACGCUAUUCCGGGUGAAGACGCUAUUCUGGGUGAAGACGCUAUUCCAGGUGAAGACGCUAUUCGCUGUGAAGACGCCAAUCGCUGUGAAGACGCUAUUCCCGGUGAAGACGCUAUUCCGGGUAACGACGCUAUUCCUGGUGAAGACGCAAUUCCAGGUGAAGACGCAAUUCCAGGUGAAGACGCUAUUUCGGGUGAAGACGCUACGCCUUGUGAAGACGCUAUUCUGGGUGAAGACGCUAUUCCGGGUGAAAACGCUA